UGAUUGUGGGUGGCCUCCGCGGUCUGUGCGGUGCCCUAGCUAUCUACCUGGCCAAAAGCGGCGCCAAGCAUCUGGCCGUCAUCUCUCGUAGCGGGCACAGCGAUGAGAAUGUGAGGUCUAUCGUCAAGCAGAUCCGAGCGCUGGGGUCCAGCAUUGAUCUCCUCACGGCCGAUGUGACCCGCCCCGGCGAUUUCCAGAGAGCAUUCAAUCAGAUCACCUUCCCCAUUGGAGGGAUCAUCUAGGGCGCAAUGGUUCUGCGGGAUCGCCCCUUCGACUUCAUCGCCAACACCGCGGGCUUCCAGGAGAAGCACCUCGACAGCCGCACCUUCAGGGGCAUCAACAACGGGCUGCUGCGUCAGAUCCUCUACUUCUCCCUGCUCCAGCUGCGCUCGUCGUCUGCCGAUACCGCCGCCCAGGUCGCGGCCACGGUGGAAGUCGUCAACAAGUGCUUCGUGCGCAUGCUGCGCCUGUCGGAGCCGAUGGACCCGGCGCGUCCGUUGGCCGUCUACGGGAUCGAUUCUCUGGCCGCCGUCGAGGUCCGCAACUGGAUCCGGAAUGAGCUGGGGGCUCUGGUGACGACGGUCGAUAUCAUGAACGCUGCCUCUCUGCGGGCGUCCUGUGAGAAGAUCGUUUCCAAGCUCGUGGUGGGCUGAAGGGGUGCUUGAAUAGUAAUUUGUUUGGGUCUCGAUGAGAUGUUGUAUAGCAUUGAUUUUUGAUCGCAAAUGAAGUAUAAGCUUGAGAAGUGCA